CUGUUCACGGCCCUCGCCAAAUCCCCAAAAUCCAAGCGCGUCGCCGACGGCAUUGCGUCGCCAUUGCCUCCAAAUCCGUGUGCGACUCGCGUGAUCCCAGAUCCCGCUCGCCGUAUCCCCCGCAGUGACCUCUGACCAGAGCAUUUUCCGCGCGGAAAAUGCCGCCGUUUCGGCCGGCUCUUGGAAGGGCGCUUCUUCUGUAGGACCGCGGCGCGAGGCUGCGAUGGCGUUCGCCGCCAGCGAGGGAAAUCUUUCCCCGGCGCUGCCCCUGGCCACUCUGAUCGGCCGCGAGCUCCGCGGCGACGGUACCGAGCGCCCGCACGUGCGCUACGGCCACUCUGGCUUCGCCAAGCGCGGCGAGGACUACUUCCUCGUCAAGCCCGACUGCCUCCGCGUCCCCGGAGACCCUUCCUCCUCUUUCUCCGUCUUCGCUGUAUUCGACGGCCACAAUGGCGUGUCGGCGGCGGUGUUCAGCAAGGAGAAAUUGCUGGAGCACGUGAUGAGCGCGGUGCCCGAGGGCAUCAGUCGCGAGGACUGGCUACAGGCGCUGCCGCGCGCGCUCGUCGCAGGAUUCGUCAAGACAGACAUUGACUUCCAGCGCAAGGGUGAGACGUCAGGAACGACGGCGACACUUGUUGUGGUUGAUGGGUUCACGGUCACUGUGGCGUCGGUGGGAGAUUCUAGGUGCAUUCUGGAUACACAGGGAGGCGAGGUCUCAUUGCUGACUGUGGAUCACCGGCUAGAGGAGAAUGCAGAGGAGCGUGAGCGCGUCACAGCGAGUGGAGGAGAGGUCAGCCGGCUUAAUCUCUGUGGUGGACAGGAGGUGGGUCCUCUCCGAUGCUGGCCAGGUGGAUUGUGCCUUUCAAGGUCAAUUGGGGAUACUGAUGUCGGCGAGUUCAUUGUACCGAUUCCACAUGUCAAGCAAGUGAAGCUCCCAAAUACUGGUGGAAGACUAAUAAUUGCAUCAGAUGGAAUAUGGGACGCUCUGUCCUCAGAGAGUGCUGCUCAGGCGUGCCGGGGAUUACGUGCAGAACUGGCUGCAAAACUUGUUGUUAAGCAAGCUCUGAAGACAAGUGGGCUGAAAGAUGACACCACAUGUGUGGUUGUCGACAUCAUCCCAUCUGAUCAUUGUUCAACACCACCAGCAUUGUCUCCAAAGAAAAAUCAGAACAAGUUGAAGCAUCUUAUUUUUGGUAAAAGGUCUCAUAGUUCUGUUGGAAAGCUCAGCAAAUCUGCUUCAUUGGGUUCAGUGGAAGAAAUAUUCGAGGAGGGAUCUGCAAUGUUGGAAGAAAGGUUGGGAAGUAAUUUUCCACCAAAAGCAAAUCUGCCUCCAUUUCGCUGUGCAAUCUGCCAAGUGGACCAAGAGCCAUUCGAAGGUUUAAUGACGGACAAUGUAGGUGGCUGCUGCUCAACCCCAUCAACACCAUGGGGUGGUCCUUAUCUUUGCUCAGGCUGUAGGAAAAAGAAGGACGCGAUGGAAGGUAAACGAUCGAAUCGUUCAACGACGUGCAGGUGAAGGUUCUGAUAGGAAUCACUGGGACUGGGUCCUGUGAUCCUGUCAUGCAAGCUUGCAAAGUAGUCUCCGAUUUCGGUUUUCUGCUCCUUGUAAAAAGAGAAGAAUAAACCGUCUGUCGUUUGAUUGAAGUAUUGUUCGGUGAAAACUAACUGCACUCCAGCCUGAUCUGAGAAAAACCGGGGUACUAAUAACAAGCCUGAUUUCUAUUGACAUCCCCUAUCAAACUUUCGUUUGCUCUGAGAGGAUAGCUGACAGAACUUUGAGGCUGUAGUUUUGUGAACCCUUAGCAUGUAGAGGGAAAUGAGUAGCUUAACAAUGUUUUAUAGAACGAUGGUGUGGCUUCUCAUUGUUGCUUUAGAAUGUAUUUUGUGUUUGUGGAGCUAAA